CCCGCCGCCGCCGCCGCAUCCCAAUCCCAGCAACGCCUACUACCAACCCGCGCCCUAUUAUUCUCUCUCAAACACCGCUCGUCCUUUCCCUCCCCCAAACCCCUCGCCUCCGCCGCAAAACCCUAAACUCGCGAUCGACCACGCCGACCGCGCCGCCGCCGCCGCCUGUCGUGCCCUUCUCGCUGCCGGUGACUCCGUCUCCGCGUGGAAGGUCUCCCAGAACACGCUCUUGACGCUCCAGGUCGAUUCAUGGAACUCCUUGGGCAUCAAAAUGCAGCAAGUUCCCUCGCUUCAUCGCCUCAUGAUCACCGAAGGCAAGGUGAAUGCUUUUGUGCAUUGCUUUGUUGGGGUCCGGAGGAUCACUUCGUUGUAUGAUUUGGAAGUGGCAAUAUGCAAGAAUGAGGGUGUUGAUAACUUUGAAGCACUAGGGUUAGGACCAUUUUUGCGGCAUCCCUUGGUUAUUCAUUAUUUCUCACUUCGCUCUGAUGUCACCCAAGUGUAUAAAAUAACCAGUGAGGAGAUAAUUCAGUUGUUGUGUGAGUUGUGGGAUGGUUCUAGAAGUAAUGAAAUCAUCAAGGUUGAACAGUUUUUGGAAUUUAUUGCCAUGAAGCGAUUGGUUAAAUGCAAGGAAUGGCUCGGGAUUCGGAUUCAGAACUUGGGAAUGCAUAUAUCUGCCAUUCGGGAAGCUAGAAAUUCAGAGCAAUUAACAUUAGAGAAAUGCUUGAAGACAUUAAAUUCGAAAAAUGAGAAGUUCAAGAAGCGUCCUAUUUCUUCCUCGCAGAAAAAACAGUUAGAUGAACGUUUUAAUGCCAUUACUCAGCGUGUUGAGUCCUUUUCUCCUGUAAAAAAAUCCCUUCGUGGAAAGCAUGUAAGAUUUAUGUCAUCAAGCUCAGAAGAUGUAGAUAGUGAUUCUUCUACAGAUGAACAGAGUAAUAACCCAUCAUCACAAUUCACCAAAAAUUCAGAACGAGUGAGUAGCUGUCCCUAUCCAUCUGCAACUGAAGAGAUGGCACGACUUGGGGUGAGGAGUGAUGUGGUGGAGGACUCCCCUGCUACUAGGAACCUUAAAAAUGGAUUUAGUGAGCAACCUAGAAAAAAAAGAAAAUCCGAAAAUGUACCUUCCUCAAAUUCUGCUCCUUGUAAGUCGCCUAAGAGAGGCAAAUUCAGGUAUGUUGAACUCUCACCCCAGAAUGAUAGCAAACCUGCUCCUUAUAAGUUGCGUAAGAGAAACAAAUUAAAGGUUGUUGCAACCCCACUCCGGAAUGGUAACAAAGUUGAUGCAACCCCUACUGAAAUGGAUAAAGAUCUUUCAAUUCCUGAGGAUUCUUUGCAGAUGUUUAUCACAACCUGGAAAGAGGCAUGUUCAGAGCACAAGGUUGCUGUGGUGCUGGAGAGGAUGCUUCAAUUUUAUGAAGUAAAUCGCUGCCGAUGGAAGAAAAUUGGAAAGUUGUUCUUAUCAUAUCCUUUCAUUGGGUUACUGAAUGCUGCUGUUUCAUCUAUCAAAUCUGGAAUGAGGAACAACAUCUAUGAUGCCUUCCAAGCUGUCAUUGAUAAUGAAUUAAGUAACUCACCGGCCAAGUGUUCCGAAUAUGAAACUAUAGAUGUUGGACCAAGCCAGGAAAAUUUACCAGUCAUAACAACGUGUAACAUAGAAGAUAUGAAGUGUAUUUCUUCUGAUGAUGUCAUCAGUAAAAUUGGAACCUAUUUCGACCUUGACAAUGAUAUUCAUAGAAAUAGUAACAAAUCACUAGUGCAAUGCAGAAUUAUGUUGUUGAGGAAGUUUUGCGGCUGUGGAAAUUGGGUGGCUGAACAGUUUGGUGUGAAUAACUUCGAUUCUCUUGGUUAUGGGGAUUUCUUAUCAUUCCUUGAGAAGCAUGUUAACCAGUUGCCUCAUGAGCUACUGAAGUUGUUAGUUGGUGACACAUGUAAAAAUUCCUCUAUCGAAGCAUGCAUGUCCUCAAACCAGUUGACUGCUCUAGUAUCUCAGGCUCUUAGUAGUUUGUGGGAGAGUGAAACAGUAACCAAGCAAAUGAUAUCCAUGCUACUUAUGAGGCAGUUCCCUUCAAUUACUUUGGAAGUUGUGGAAAAUGGCUCUCUUGUGGAUCUGCUGGAUACCGCUCAGGGGCAUAAAUCUAGCGUGACUUCAAAAUGUGUUGUAUUUUCUGCAACUAUUAUAGAAAAGAACUAUAAUGGAGAAUUAUUAAGUGAUAGAGAUAAUAAUUGCUCAGAAAUCACAAUUAAUAGGUCUGAGAUGAGCCAUCAAAAGAGCACUGAAACUGUUAUAGCAAAAAAUGCAAUUGAAGUAUUGCUUAAGGCACCAAUGUUGUCUGACUUGAGCAAGUGGUCUCAUUGGGAUAUUAGGUUUGCACCCUUCCUAGGCCCACUUGUGUCAUGGCUGUUGAGUGAUGUAAACACCAAGGAAUUGUUGUGUAUAGUUACAAGGGAUGGUAAGGUGAUACGGAUAGAUCAUUCUGCUACCUUGGAUUCUUUUCUGGAGGCUGCAGUUCAAGGAUCUUCUUUCCUAACUGCAGUGCAUUUGCUGUCUCUGAUCUCACUUGUUGGGGGAGAAAAAUAUGUUCCGUUGUCACUUCUAAAGUGUCAUGCCUGUCAUGCAUUUGAAGUUAUGUUCAGAAACUCUCUAGAAGAGGUUAAAGCUAAAGAUGAUGGGAAUGCUCUCCACCAGUCUGUGGAAGCAUUAAGUAAAACAAAUAUUUUAACUGAAAGUUUGACUUCUACAAUGAGAAGUGAGUUUAGCAAACACAUAAAUAAAGUGAGUAAGGUAGUGUCCAUUCUGUCAAGGUUUGUGCUUGAUUGUCUAGGUAACCUACCGGCUGAAUUUCAUAGUUUUGCUUCUGAUGUGUUGCUUUCUGGGAUGCAAUCUGUUUUCAAGGAUGCUGCUUCAGCUAUUUUAUGUGAAUGCAGCAAUAUGGAGCAACGUCUCAUGCUUCAUGAAGUAGGGCUAUCUCUGGGUAUUUCCGAGUGGAUUAAUGAUUACCAUGCACUUAUUUCAAACAACACUUCUGACAUUUGUUCUGCUGGUGUUUCAUGCAUAAAAGAGUCCAAAACUGAUAUACACACAAGUCUGAAGCAUGACCAAAGGACCUUGGAUAACUCUCCUAUACCUGAAGCAAAUAUGGUUACAUCUCUUGGAGCAAGUCAGCUUGUUGAGGGGUGUACAAAAACCACUCAAGCAGUUGAUACAGAAAAAUCUAAUGAUGAAUUGAACACUGGCUUCCUGGGAAAUUCAUUUGAACAUGGUGAAGAUAUGGAUGCUGCUCUGGUUAUUGAAUCCAUUAGGCGAGAUGAAUUUGGCCUAGAUUCAAGUCUUUCUUAUAUUGAUAGUUGCAUGUUGAAGAAACAACAUGCUCGGUUAGGGAGAGCACUGCAUUGCCUUUCACAAGAGCUAUAUUCUCAAGAUUCACAUUUUAUUCUUGAAUUGGUUCAAAAUGCAGAUGACAAUAACUAUCCAGAGAAUGUGGAACCAACUCUUACAUUUAUUCUUCAAGAUUCUGGUAUUGUUGUAUUGAAUAAUGAGCGAGGGUUUUCUGCUCAAAAUAUGAGAGCACUUUGUGAUGUUGGAAAUUCAACAAAGAAAGGGUCUGUUGCUGGAUAAAUAGGAAAGAAAGGCAUUGGUUUCAAGUCUGUGUUCCGGGUUACUGAUGCUCCAGAAAUUCAUUCCAAUGGUUUUCAUGUUAAAUUUGACAUUAGUGAAGGCCAGAUUGGUUUUGUUUUGCCCACAGUAGUACCUCCUUGUGACAUUGGGCUGCUUAGGAGGAUGGUAUCUACUGAUACUGAUUCACAUGAUGAUAAUCCCUGGAACACAUGCAUUCUGCUUCCAUUCAGAUCGCAUCUAUCAGAAGGAAUGGCCAUGAACAGUGUCUUGACUUUGUUUUCUGAUCUUCAUCCUUCAUUGUUACUAUUUCUUCACCGCCUCAAGUGUAUCAAAUUGAGAAACUUUCUUAAUGACACAUUUAUUGUUAUGAAAAAGGAAAUUUUAGGAGAUGGUAUCAUUAAGGUUUCUCAUGGGAAAGAGAAAAUGGCGUGGUUUGUAGUGUCUCAAAAGCUGCAAACAAAUUCCAUUCGCUUUGAUGUGCAGACAACUGAAAUCUCUAUGGCAUUUACUCUGCAGGAAUCAGAGGAUGGUUACAUUCCAUGUUUAGAUCAGCAGCCAGUUUUUGCAUUUCUUCCUUUAAGAACAUAUGGCCUGAAGUUUAUUCUUCAAGGUGAUUUUGUUCUUCCUUCAUCUAGAGAGGAAGUUGAUGGAGAUAGUCCAUGGAACCAGUGGUUAUUGUCAGAGUAUCCUAAUUUGUUUGUCCGAGCACAGAGAGAGUUUUGUGAACUUCCCUGUUUUAGAAGUGAGCCUGGAAAGGGAUUGUCUGCUUUCAUGAGUUUUGUUCCUUUAGUUGGGGAAGUGCAUGGUUUUUUCUCCAGUCUUCCUCGCUUGAUUAUUUCUAAACUACGUAUGAUGAAUUGCUUACUUGUGGAGGGUGACAAUAAUGAAUGGGCCCCUCCGUGCAAGGUAUUGAGAGGUUGGACAGAGGAGGUGUGUAAUCUUAUUCCUGAUAGCAUGCUUCUUGAACACCUUGGGCUUAGAUACCUGGAUAAAAAUAUAGUUUUGCCUGAUGCAUUAGCAGGGGCACUGGGCAUUGAGGAGUUUGGGCCUAACAUUCUUGUUAGAGUACUUUCAUCUUUAUGUCACACAAAGAGUGGUUUGAUAUCGAUGGAUAUGAAUUGGUUAGCUUCUUGUCUAAAUACUCUUUAUGUAACAAUGUUCAAUUCAUCUGGGGCUAUGUCAAUCAAUUAUGAGAUGAAAGAAGAUAUUCGAAAAAUUCUUCAAAAAACGCCAUUUAUACCACUUUCAGAUGGUACAUACAGCUCAGUGGAUGAAGGCACUAUAUGGUUGCAGUCCAAUAAUUUAAACAUGGGGUUUGAUGGUGACCAUAAAAUUGAAGCUUUCCCUAAUAUAUGUGCUAAACUAAGGACUGUAAGUCCUUCCCUUUUUUCUCCAUCUUCUGGUACUUCGAGCUUGAAUGUGACUUUUUUGGACAAUGUUACCCAGCUACUUCAGAGUAUUGGUGUUCAACAAUUGUCUGUACAUGAUGUUGUGAAGCUGCAUAUUUUACCUACAUUAUCUGAUGAAACAAUGGCUAACAGGAACAAAAUAUUGAUGAUAGAAUAUGUGUGUUUUGUAAUGCUGCACCUGAAUUCUACCUGUUCUGAUUGUUUUAUUGAAAGGGAUCAUAUAAUAUCAGAGUUUAGAUGUAAAUCUUUGUUAUUGACAAAUUGUGGUUUCAAGUGUCCCGCUGAGAUACCAAUUCAUUUCUCUGCUGGAUUUGGGAAUCCUGUCACUCCAAAAAUGUUAGCUGAUGGUGUGAAUAUGAGGUGGCAUGAGGUUGACUUAAGCUAUGUAAGCCAUCCAGUAAAUGAAUCAGUUUCAUCUGCACUGAUGAAGUGGAGGGAAUUUUUUGAGAAAAUUGGCGUCACAGAUUUUGCUCAAAUAGUUCAGGUGGAUAAGAGUGUUGCUGAUAUAUGUGAUGCCACAUUUAAGCAGAUGAUGUGGGAUAGGGGUCUAAUUUCUGCUGAAUCAAUAGUCAAAGAUUGGGAAUCCCCAGAAAUUGUGCAAUUAGUUUCCUUGUUGUCUAAAAGUGGCAAUCUAGAAAAUUGUAAAUAUCUCUUGGAGGUUCUUGAUACAUUAUGGGAUGCUUGUUAUAGUAAUAAAACUACAGGUUCUUUCUAUUUUAAAUCUGGUGGAGACGGACAUCCCUUCAAGUCUAACUUUAUAUGCAGCUUGUGUGAUAUCCAGUGGGUGGUUUCAACCAUGGAUGAUGAGCUACACUAUCCUAAAGAUUUGUUUUAUGAUUGUGAAACAGUCCGGAUGAUCCUAGGAGAUUUUGCACCAUAUGCUGUUCCAAAGGUGAAAAGUGAAAGAUUGGUAAAAGAUGUUGGGUUUAAGACUAGUGUUACUCUUGGUGACAUUUUGGACGUUCUUAAAGCCUGGAGAAAAUCAAAGUCACCACUCAAGGCGAGCAUGACACAAAUGACCAAAUUGUAUGCAUUCAUUUGGAAAGAAAUGGCAUCUUCAAAGAAGAAAACUAUGGAAGAUUUGGUGUCUGGACCUUUUAUAUUUAUCCCAUACUCGUCUGUCUAUGAUCAUGAUGAUGCUGUAUGUGGGACGUUUGUGUAUCCCAAUGAAGUCUAUUGGCAUGAUUCAACUGGUUCUGUUCAGCAAAUGGAGUUCCAUCCUCAAUGCAGCAGCUCAUCUUAUUCCCCUAUAAACAAGUCAUUAUGCAAUAUUUACCCUAGUCUUCGUGGUUUCUUUGUUGAUGAAUGUCAAGUACAAGAGGCACCUCCUCUAUGCAGCUAUAUUCAAAUUUUGCUGCAGUUAUCAUCCGUCACUUUACCUUCACAAGCAGCAGAUAAAAUUUUCCAAGUUUUCCUCAAGUGGGCAGAUGGACUAAAAUCUGGUUUGCUGAGUGCUGAGGAUAUCACGUAUCUGAAAGAAUGUCUUUCGAAAUUGGAAUUUCCAGUGCUUCCCACUGUACAAGAUAAGUGGGUUUCAUUGCAUCCUUCCUUUGGUCUUGUCUGCUGGUGCGAUGAUCAGAAGUUGAAAAAGGAAUUUAAACAUUCAUAUAACCUUGACUUUCUCUGUUUUGGUGAGUUGACUGAGGAUGAUAAGGAAAAGGUACAAGAAAAAAUUUCCAUCCUCAUGAAAUCCUUGGGUAUUCCUGCUAUCUCAGAGGUGGUAACUCGGGAACCAAUAUAUUAUGGUCUUGCUGAUGGUACUUCGAAAAAGUCAUUGAUAAACUGGACUCUGCCAUAUGCUCAGCGCUACAUUCAUAAAUUUCAUAUUGAUAAAUAUGAUCAACUCAAGCAGUCUGGUUUUGAUAUUUUCAAUCAUCUGAAAGUUAUUGUUGUUGAGAAGCUGUUCUACAGGAAUGUGAUAAAGACUUGUGGCAGUGUUUCAAAAAAACGAGUUGAAUGUAGUUGUCUUCUGCAGGGAGACAUUUUGUACACCAUUAAAGAAUCAGAUUAUCAUUCCUUGUUUAUGGAGCUUUCUAAUCUGUUACUAGAUGGGACUUCGGAAGUACAUUUUGCAAAUUUCCUUCAUAUGAUAACAACCAUGACAGAAUCUGGUUCCUCGGAGGAGCAAAUAGAAUUUUUCAUUUUGAAUAGCCAAAAAGUGCCAAAACUUCCAGAUGAAGAACCUGUUUGGACAUUAUCUUCCGUAUCUCCACUUGUAGAGGCUGACAACUUAAACCCUUCAGAUGAUGUCCCAUCUGUAAAUGAUCAGAUCUUUCCAAAAAGGAAGACUGGAGUAUGCUCCAACUGGCCACCUGCUGAUUGGAAAACUGCACCCGAUUUCAAUUAUGCCCGUGCCAAUGGUUUCAAGACCAGACCUGCCCGGAUUAGCAGCUUUUCUGAAGUGAAUAAGGAUGAUGAUUCUGCUAGCAUAAUAUCUCCACCAGUUUGUAUUGAACAAGGAUCAGUUACUGUUGACUGGAACAUUAAAGAAGAUCCACCAGCUGGUUCGGUGGCACUAUUGUUGCAUGAAAAUGAAAGCUUGGAAGAUCAAUCUUGCCAUGCUUUUGAGCCAACUGAUUUUGGUAUCCAUGCUGACUGUGAUCCUGUUAGUUUGGAUGAAUCUCAUUUGAGCUCACCAGCUUUUGGCAAGAGAGAUCGGCUACAGACUGGUACAUUUGAUGCAGCACAAGCAAGGGUGACUGGCAGAUUAGGUGAAUUUCUUGCAUGCAAGUACUUUGUUGAUAAAUUUGGCAAGACUGCAGUAAGGUGGGUUAAUGAAGUUAAUGAAACUGGACUUCCAUAUGAUUUAGUUAUUGGGGAGGAUAACAAUAAAGAGUUCAUAGAAGUUAAAGCGACCAGAUCUCCAAGAAAAGACUGGUUCAACAUAUCAGUGAGAGAGUGGCAGCUUGCAAAAGACAGAGGCGAAUCUUUUAGCAUUGCUUUUGUGGCAAUAAUGGCAAAUAAUGUUGCGAGGAUCACAAUAUUCAAAGAUCCAGUGAAGUUAUGCCAGCUAGGUGAGCUGCAAUUGGCUGUUAUGAUGCCAAGACAACAACAGAAGCAAUUCGCUGUUGUCUCAUAGCUUCCCUUCUUGUUUUAUAUUUGGGCGUGAAGCCCAUAUAUUUAUGACUUUCAAAAAGCUACCUUUUGCAUCCAGAGAAAAAAUCCAAUUCAAUAUCACACAAUGUUAGAUAUGAUGAUCACGUAAGCUGUUGUACCCAAGAUUUUCAAGCUAAUUGGAUACUUUAUUCAUUGUUGCAUAGAACUAGAAGCAACUCCCAAGUAAUUAGUGGGAAUUCAUCUGCUGCUUCUUAUUCCUCAAGAUUCAGUUAUUUGUUGUAUGUAUAUAUAUCUCCAGUAAAGGCUCCAGCAUUUGCGCGUAACAUUUUUUUGUUUAUUAGCAAAGUCCAUGGCUCAGAGCAUGUAAAUAAAAACUUGGUUAAAUUUGGUUUGUAACAUGAUAGAAGCCCAUUUGAUUAUCGAUCAUUUGUAGAGA